UGUACUUGCAGUUAUCAAACUGCCGAUCAAGUUGAUUUAUUUUCUGGGCAGGGCUAUGUCGGCGGAGUUGUCUUACCCACUGAACUGUUGCAGUCUCUGUCCACAAAAAAGGGUUCCUGUCAGACCAAAUGCAACAUCUGGCUUCAAUGAUAAAGCUGUUAAAACAUAUCAGCCAAUACACAUUAAUUAGAAAGAGUACAUCGACAUGCUCUUACAGUACAGCUGUUCGAUCUUUUCUAGUCUCCAGCCAAGGCCGUGUGAAGAAGAUUGUAUCUGCAGAUCUUGGAUCGCCCAAGUUUUCAGGAAAAGAUGGUGAAGGUGAAUACAAACGGCAAAUAGGAGAACAUAUUUCAAGAAAGGAUAAGAUCAGCAUUCUGGUAGAGACGCUUCUAGACCUAAAAGAUAGUAAAGAGGGUAUCUACAGUGCCCUGGAUGCCUGGGUUGCAUGGGAGCAGAACUUCCCAAUUGGAUCCCUAAAGCAGGUGUUACUGAAACUCGAGAAAGAGCAACAGUGGCAUAGAGUUAUCCAAGUUAUAAAGUGGAUUUUAAGCAAGGGGCAGGGCAGCACUAGAGGUACUUAUGCACAGUUAAUUCUAGCAUUAGAUAUGGAUCAUAGGGCGAAGGAAGCACGUGAGAUUUGGAGGAAAAACAUUGGGUCGGACCUACAUUCGGUGCCAUGGUCAUUGUGCAGUCUCAUGAUGUCAGUAUAUUAUCGAAAUGAUAUGCUGGAGGAUCUUGUAAAGCUGUUCAAGGGCUUGGAGGCAUUUGGGCGUAAACCGCCGGAGAAGUCUAUAGUGCAGAAAGUUGCUGAUGCAUAUGAAAUGUUGGGCUUGUCCAAAGAUAAAGAAUGUGUGAUGGAGAAGUACAAGGAUCUCUUCAGUGAGACACUGGAUGAAAGGUCCAAGAAAUUUAAGGGAUUUCGGGCCAAGAAGAGAGGAAAAACAAAGAAGGAAGAUUGAGAAUGUAGUUAUUUACUUAUGUAUGCUUCUGUACAUCUUUAUUCUACAUCUUCUUGAAGUUGGAAGUAAUCAAUUAUUUCGGCAUAUGGCAACUGGCCCUAGUUUAUGUGAGACCUUACCGACUGUGUGUGUAUACUGAGGGAUCAAGUGAACCCUUUUAAAAUGAGAAACCUUUAACAACGUAAAGCAAUUACAAAAACAUACCUUUUUGAAUUCAAAAUAAUAAUUACAGAAAAACAUGUAUGUUCUUAACCGUUGAUUGAAAAAAUGAAAAGGUGAUAUUGUAACUUCUCAUCACAAGGAGUUCUCAUCCAAAGCAGGUACUCAAUAAAACCCUCACAUUUUUUUAACCCUCACACACACACACACAUUUAUACAUAGAGUGCAGUUAAAAAG